AUGGAGAACUAUUUGGACUUCUCUUCCCUUUUUGACCGCCCUGGCUAUGAUGUGGUCGGGCCGCAUACUUUCCUUUCUUUUUCUAACACAUGGAUAGUCGUGGUUGGUAGAUGUAAUGUUGAAGAUAUAGAUGUGGAACUUACCGGGGACGUGUCUGAAGAAGACGAACUUUACGUUCCAAGUUGUGUCUCUACUUUUAAGUCAUUGACAAAGUUAGAACUAGAUUUAUCCAAAUGUAAGAUUAUUCUACCGAAUUCUGUUUCAUUACCUCGCCUCAAAUAUCUGAAACUUUAUAACACUAAGUUCGACCAUGAUGAGUUAACCAAGUUAUGUGCCAAUUCUCCUGAUUUGGAACACCUGGAUUUACGUGGCGUUAGUAGUACCGCACCUUUAAACAUCACCAUAUCCUCUCUUUCACUGAAGCACUUUGAAUUACGUAUUGGUACAUCGAUUCGUAAUACAUUGAGGUUAUAUGCCCCAAAUCUCGUGCAUCUGGUUUUAUCAAAUUUAGACUCUAUGUUUCUCGAAGAUGUUUCUUCUCUGGUCACGGCUGAUGUUGGUGUGCCAUUAAAACCACGAAAGCUAACUGACGAGUUUCUGACAGUACAUGCUCCAGAUACUUUAAAAUCUCAAAAAUCACUUCAUAAUGUGAAAGAGCUAACUAUGUCAUUUCGACAACUCAAGGAUAUUAGAAGAGUUCAGGAAGUACUACAAAAGCAACCUUUUGAGUUUUCUAAUCUGCAACGUCUGAAGCUGCAAAAGAUAAGUCUCUCAACAGACUCUAUGCAUGCCAUAGCCUCCAUAGUCAAGAUUUCUCCUGUUAUCGAAUCCCUUAAAUUGGAACUUUGUCAGAACGUGGAAACCGGUGACAAUUACAAUUACAGUGACACUGACGAAUCUGGACCUGCUAGUGAGACAACUGUCAAUUUAGAAGGGCUGUUGGCCGACACCAUGAAACAAUUGAAGUCUGUCAAGAUUAAUGGUCUACAAGGAAGUGACAAUGAACUGGAGUUUAUUCAAAUUCUGAUGAAGAAUGCCAUGGUCCUGAAGAAAAUGAUCUUGAAGAGGGGAUAUAGAUCAAGAAUUGAGAAAUUUUACGAGGUGGUAGGGAAUCUACCAAGCGCCUGUUCGUCUAUGAGAAUAUUUUUCUUCUAG